AUGUGCGUGGGGAAAUGCAGCCGGAUCGUGGGUCCCUGCCUGCUGGCGCUGGGCACGCUCUCCGUGGCAGCCAACAUCCUCCUGCUCUUCCCCGGCGGGGCAUCGAAGUACCUGGUGGAGGGGCACAUCAGCAAACACGCCAAGGCCAUGCCGGGCGUCUGGGGAGGCGGCAUCACCGUGCUGCUGGCAGCGACCCACAUCACGGCGGUGGGGUGGCGAUGCGCCGGCUGCUCCGACUGCGGCACCCGUCGCAACGCUUUCAUCUCCGCCGUGCUCUCCAAGCUGGCGCUCCUGGGAGCUGCCGCCUGCUUCGUCCUCUCCGGGGUGGGUUUGACCAAUGGACCCCUCUGCUUCUACAACGCCUCUGAGCACGGCACCCUCUGGGGUUACCCCUUCCUGGACUCCCCGUCGCGCAGGGCAGAGAACUACCUGCACGAUCGUCGUGCCUGGAGCGUCUGCCUGGAGCCGGAGGGCAUCGUGGUCUGGAACGUCGUCCUCUUCUCCCUCCUGCUGCUCGUCAGCGCCGCCGAGAUGGUGCUGGCCUCCCUCCAGAUCCUCAACGGCUGCCUCGGGUGCCUCUGUGGCUUUUGCGAGGGGAAGUAGGGACCUGCGACGGUGCCAGGAGGCUGGCACUUGGAAGAGG